GUGCUAUUUCUGGAUGGUUCAUACUCGACGAUCCGUACGCAAAGAGGAAAUUGCGCACACGCAUCCAGACAAGGACGUUACUCCCAGAAACCGGAAUCGUCUCUCACUUAUUUCAGCGGGAAGGAAAGCAGUGUCGAAGCAGUGUGUUACCAAAUUAACUGUCCAGGAAGCAAAGGAAAAAUCCUCAGAGAAUUCCUCGAAUGAGUUUAUUAUUGGUCGGGAAAAGGAAAUAUCGCAUAUUCAUGAAUUCAUUCGAAAUAGUAUGGAGACUCGUCAUAGCUGCAGUAUGUACGUCAGCGGUUCUCCUGGAACAGGGAAAACCGCGGUGGUCAGUUAUGUGACAAAUCAUCUUGGAUCCUACUCUCACUGUCGGGUUUUGUUUAUCAACUGCAUGAACCUGAGCUCGGCUAGUGAGGUGUUUACGCGAAUUUUCGAAUCACUUAGCCAGAACUUACACGGGAAGGAAAACCGUGGCACAGUUGGCCACUCCGUCGUCGAAGCGACUUUCGAGAAGUUUUCGAACCUGUCUACUUUCAUUGUUAUUUUGGACGAAUUGGAUCAGCUUUAUUCGAAAAGCAAGGCCGUUUUGUACCGAAUUUUUAAUUGGCCUGCAACAUUGAGUUGCCACUUGAUAAUCAUUGGCAUAGCCAAUGCGUUGGAUCUUCCUGAGCGGUUACUCCCACGUCUUCAGAGCAAGGCACACCAACCAAAACACUUGACUUUCUCUCCCUAUAGUCACAAUGAGUUGGCGGAUAUAGUCAGCGCUAAACUCUCGGCGGCCAACCUGUCUGGAAACGACGGAGUUCGCAUGGAUCCGCUAGCCAUACAGCUAUGUGCGAGAAAAAUUUCUGCAUCUACAGGCGACGCCCGCACUGCUCUCAGUGUGGUAUCUAGGGCAUUUGAUUUGGCUAAACAGCCAUCUUCCUCCGCCACCUCCACUCCCCGCUCUGGAUUUCCAACCUUAAAGCACAUUAGCCUUGCGCUCCAAGAGUCCCAAAAUGUUCACGCCCCCCUCUGUGUCGGCGCUGACCAGUCCAAUAACUCUGCAACACCGAAUGCGCAUUUGGCUCACAGCCUCCCUCUUCAUCAUCGCUUGGUUAUGGCCAGUGCUUAUCUUAUCAACAAGCGGAAGCACACCCGCGAAUUUUCCUUCAAUCAACUUCGCGAUGUUUAUUUGCAUAUUUGCGCUAACCGUCAGCUUAUCGGCUUAGAAGAGUCUGAACUGGCCACCGUCUGUGGUCUACUGGAUGCCCGUGGUCACAUCGAUUUUUCAACCAAUCGUGGCUCUUCCAAAAUACCGGGUGCCUGUGCAAUGGGCACACCUGCUCAUCUUCAUCGAAUCCGACUGCGUCUCGAUGAUCGAUCAGUUGAACAGCUACUUACUGAGGAUAUGUUAUUCUCAUCCAUUCUAAACUUGACCCUGCCCCCUUGAGCUCCCUCCCCAAGUCAUCAAACCCACUGAACUCUGCAUUUCCAGGUGCUAGGUUAAGUAUUAUUUUAUGUCUUCCAGAUUUUGUACACAUUUUCUAGAGGAUUUUGUGUCCCACUGCCUUCUACUUUUUAUUUAUUUUGUACUGCACGCUCCGUCUGCAAAAUUUUAUGAAAUUCCAAUGGACUGCAGCGCUCACUCAUUGUCUUUGUUAUCCGCCCUCUAUUUCAUAAAAAUCGAUCUACAAGACUCGUCGCAACUAUCUGUCUAGACUUCGGCACCGCCGAUUCAGUUAUCUUUCAGUGCGGUCUAUCUGCU